AUGGGCUUCCUGUCGCCCACGCCCAUCGCCCACGGCCGCCCGGCGCUUCGCGCCUCCGGGUCCCACGGCUCCGACGGCUCGCCGCGCGCCUUCCGGGCGCCGGCGGUGCCGCAGGCCGGUGGGGACGAGGACGCCGUGGUGGACCCGGGCCGCAUCGGAGCCUGGCGGCGCUGGCACUGGGCGGCCUGGGGCCAAAAGUUCGCCAAGGACUGGCGCCGCCAGGCGGUGCCCCGAAACUUUGGGGCGCACCCCAGGGCCAGGCUCCGUGCGAGGCUGACGCAGCAGCUUUGGGAGGCUGAGGAAGCCCAGGUCUUGGCCCUCACAGAACCAUUGGCGCAGCUGGCGGGCAAGCCCUGGGCACAGGAAGUGGAGGCGGUGCUGUCCUCGCGCGUGGCCUCCGUGGCGCUGGUGCUGGACGGCCCCACCAACCUGCGGAACGCCUGGACCUGCCUCAGGACCAUGGAUUCCUUCGGCCUGCUCCAUUUGGAGCUGAUCGGCGAGAACGCGGUGGGUGAAGCGCUGGCGCUGCAGCCCUGGGUGCUGGUGAGACGUUGGCAGACAGCCAGCGCCUGUCUCCACCAGCUGCGCCGCGAGGGCCGCGAGGUCUGGGCGCUGGAGGUCUCGGAGAGCGCCAGGCCGCUGGACCAGCUGCUGACCUCCUGGACGGAGCCUGCCAGUGCGGCUCCUGGAGGAGCAAAGCUAGCCUUUGUGCUGGGCAGCGAGUACGCUGGAGUCUCAGAAGAAGCACGGGAUCAAGCAGAUGGCUCGUGCCUCUUGCCGAUGGAAGGAAUGUGCAUCUCCUUCAACCUCGCUGUGGCCUGUGCAGUGCUGUUGGCCAGUCUGGAUGCCUGCCACCUGCUGCGCCCCGACCUGCCGGAGACGGAGGUGGAAGUCUUGGCUAGGAUGACCGGCCGUCAGGUGGCCAACCCCGGUGCUGAGAGCUCACUCUGGUUGAGAUGGCCAGGCUUCCUCGUCAUGAACCGUUGCUUCCGCGGGCAUGCUUUGGUGACUUUUUGCUUCCACGUUUCCACGCCCAGAAUGUAUGCCGACGCCCGGGCGCAAAGCGGCUUUGAGCUGCCAGUGCCACGCAGGAUCGAGAGAGCCUCAAUGCCGGUGCGCCCCUGUCCACGCACCGAGCUCACAACGCUACGACAAGAAGUGAGGAGGAUGCACCAGGAAGCGGAGCACGUGGCCAAGCUGAAAGCGCGAGUGGAGGUCCUGAAGACCGAGCUGCGGAGCGUCCUGGACCAGAAUCGCCGGAUGUCGGACCUCAUCGAGGCGCAAGGCCAAGAGCGACAGGCGGAAGACCAACGUGAGAAGGCUGCGCGGAAGGCCCGGCACUCGCAGUUGGAUUGCGCCAGGCAGCUCUUCCGGGCCAUGCUGGACGCCAAUGACUUCUGCGUGAAGCGUUGA